GCCAUUCCCGGUAUUCUUGGUGACGGAUUUUUCCCGUCUCCCAUUCCCGCUGUUGUUCCCAUCCCGGCAGAUCCUGGAUCUGGCGCGGGGGCGGCAGAAGCGGGUGAAGGUGCUGGGCGGGGGUCACUCCCCCUCGGACAUCGCCUGCUCCCAGGAUUUCCUCAUCCACAUGGGAAAACUCAACCGCGUCCUGCAGGUGGACAAGGAGAAGCUGCAGGUGAAGGUGGAAGCCGGAAUUCUGCUCUCGGAGCUGAACCUGGAGCUGGACAAACACGGGAUGGCCCUGGCCAAUUUAGGAGCCGUGGCCGAGGUGACGGCGGCCGGAGUCAUCGGAACCGGGACCCACAACACCGGGAUCGGCCACGGAAUCCUGCCCACGCAGGUGGUGGCUCUUUCCCUGCUCCUGGCUUCCGGAGAAAUCCUGGAAUGUUCGGAAUCGCUGAACGCCGAGGUUUUCCAGGCGGCUCGGCUCCACCUGGGAUGUUUGGGAAUCGUCCUCUCCGUCACCUUCCAGUGCGUCCCGGAAUUCCGGCUGCGCGAGGUCGCCUUUCCCUCCACCCUGCCCCAG